GGGGCCACGAAAUUGAUAAUUAUCACUCUUAAUUUUUAUGGUUAUAGUGUAGAAUAGUCCAAUUGCAGUCGUAAUUUCAUUUAUAAUCCGGAGUAAGCCGUGAAAUAGUCAUCGUUGAGUGCGUAUCGAGCGAGCACUUUGAUUAUGUGUGUAGGAAGUACCAGUAAGCCAAGUGGAAACUUGAAGAUGGUAGUGGACAAAAAUAGUUUACUCAUGGAGGAGGAGGGAGCUCUGGAGGUCGGAAUGGAAUAUAGAACUGUCUCUGGCGUUGCUGGGCCACUGGUUAUUCUUGAUAAAGUGAAGGGACCCAAAUAUCAGGAGAUUGUCAAUAUUCAGCUGGGAGAUGGAACGGUGCGGCGUGGGCAAGUUUUAGAAGUUGAUGGCGAGAAAGCUGUUGUGCAGGUUUUUGAAGGAACAUCAGGAAUUGACAACAAAUUUACCACCGUGCAAUUCACCGGGGAGGUUUUAAAGACACCAGUUUCAUUAGAUAUGCUUGGGCGCGUAUUUAAUGGCUCAGGGAAACCCAUUGACAAUGGCCCUCCAAUUCUUCCUGAAGCAUAGCUGGAUAUUUCAGGAAGCUCAAUCAAUCCGAGUGAAAGAACUUAUCCUCAGGAGAUGAUACAAACUGGGAUUUCUACAAUUGAUGUUAUGAACUCCAUUGCUCGCGGACAGAAGAUUCCUCUUUUCUCUGCUGCUGGUCUUCCUCACAAUGAAAUAGCUGCUCAGAUUUGUAGCCAGGCCGGUCUAGUAAAACGGCUGGAAAAGUCUGCAACUCAUAAUCAGGAUGAGGUAGAGGACAAUUUCGCCAUUGUGUUUGCGGCUAUGGCUGUAAACAUGGAGACAGCCCAAAUUUUCAAGCGUGAUUUCGGAAAUGGAUCAAUGGAGCGAGUGACUCUUUUCCUAAAUCUGGCCAAUGACCCUACCAUCGAACGCAUUAUCACUCCUCGAAUUGCCCUCACAACUGCAGAAUAUUUGGCUUAUGAAUGUGGGAAACAUGUUCUGGUUAUGCUUACUGAUAUGAGUUCUUAUGCAGAUGCUCUUCGUGAGGUUUCUGCUGCUAGAGAGGAAGUGCCUGGAAGGCGUGGGUACCCCGGGUAUAUGUAUACCGAUCUGGCAACAAUAGAUGAGCGAGCAGGACGUAUUGAAGGACGAAAGGGCUCUAUCACUCAGAUUCCUAUUCUUACUAUGACUAAUGAUGAUAUUACACAUCCCACCCCAGAUCUUACCGGUUAUAUCACUGAGGGGCAGAUAUACAUUGAUAGGCAACUCCACAAUCGACAAAUAUACCCUCCAAUUAAUGUUCUCCCAUCACUUUCACGAUUGAUGAAGAGUGCUAUAAGGGAAGGUAUAACUCGUCGAGAACAUGCCGAUGUGUCAAACCAGCUGUAUGCAAACUACGCAAUAGGGAUGGAUGUCCAGGCAAUGAAAGCUGUGGUUGGAGAAGAAGCCCUUUCUUCUGAGGAUCUGCUGUAUCUAGAGUUCCUGGAGAAAUUUGAGCGGAAGUUUGUGACGCAGGGAGCGUAUGACACCCGCAACAUCUUCCAGUCACUUGACUUGGCAUGGACGUUGCUCCGAAUCUUCCCCCGUGAGCUUCUACACCGUAUACCCGCAAAGACGCUGGACCAGUACUACAGUCGUGAAGCUACAAAUUGAUCAAUUUUUUCUCUUUCUUUUUCUUUUUUGGUUCCGAUUGUAGUUUAUAUUCGUGGGUUUAUUACAAACAAACAGGAACAUGGAAUAUCGAUCCAUGGAAAUUUCUGGUCCAGGUCGUCGAGUCAAUAAAUGAGUUUUUUGCUCUUCUUAGUUUGUAGUCGUGCAUAUGCCUAUUUGUACGAGUAAUUAUAGGCACCAAGCUUCCAUUUGAAAAAUACAGAGCUAUAAUAAUUGAAGUAUUAGACACUAAUAAUAACCUAAAUAAGGACGUUUUCAGUUUCUGCUUUUAGAA